UUUUUUCUCUAGGCUCUUUUGUUUGCUUCGCUUGGAGGUUUCGCUCUAACAGGGAAAACACCAAGUCUAGUUCAAAAGACUUGUUAUUUCGUUUUAUUUAAUGAAAAACUUGAUCGCCGGGAUCGCUUGAAAUCGUUAAAAUCUUCCCGGCGAUCGCCUUGAUUUUGUUUUGAAAGUUGUGAUUCAAUGGGGGAUUUCUUGUAUAGUGAUAACGAAGAAGAUUAUUAUAUUUCUGAUUGUGAUUCCGCUGAUGGACUUGAUAACGAUGACGCUGAAGAUGAUGAUAAUGAUUUACAAUGGAUGUCGGGUGCAUCGUCUACUAAGGUGAUUACAAGAGAGUCGCUUUUGGUAGCGCAGAGAGAAGAUUUACGGAGGGUGAUGGAAAUGCUUAAUUUAAGUGAACAGCAUGCACGUACUUUGCUUAUUUAUCACCGUUGGGAUGUUGAGAAGGUGUUUGCAGUGUUUGUGGAGAAAGGCAAAGAUAAAUUGUUUGGAGAAGCUGGUGUCACUGCGAAGAGUUGUAAGAUUAAACAUGCACCAGCUGCUAUGACAUGUGAGGUUUGCAUGGAGGACAUACCCAAACACAAAGCAACAACAAUGGAUUGUGGCCACUGCUUUUGUAACAACUGUUGGACGGAGCAUUUUGUUGUUAAAAUCAAUGAAGGCAAAAGCAGACGCAUUACAUGCAUGGCAUACAAGUGCACUGCAAUUUGUGAUGAAGCCAUUGUUCGGAAUCUAGUCAGUGCGAGGGAUCCGGACCUAGCAGAACGCUUUGAACGUUUUCUUUUGGAGUCUUACAUCGAAGACAAUCAGAGAGUCAAAUGGUGCCCCAGUGUUCCUCAUUGUGGAAAUGCAAUACGGGUUGAGGACGAGAAACUCUGUGAGGUUGAAUGCACAUGUGGGGUACAAUUCUGUUUCAGUUGUUCAUCAGAAGCACACUCUCCUUGCUCGUGCUUGAUGUGGGAGCUUUGGGUUAAGAAAUGUCGGGAUGAAUCAGAGACAGUUAACUGGAUUACAGUCAACACAAAGUCUUGCCCAAAGUGCUAUAAAAGUGUUGAAAAAAAUGGAGGCUGUAACCUUGUCAGCUGUAUAUGCGGGCAAUCAUUUUGUUGGUUGUGUGGCGGUGCUACUGGUAGAGAGCACACUUGGACUAGCAUUGCUGGUCACAGCUGUGGUCGCUUUAAGGAAGAUCAAGAGAAGCAAGCUGAGCGUGCAAAAAGGGAUCUGAACCGUUAUAUGCACUACCACAACCGUUACAAAGCUCACACAGAUUCUUUUAAGCUUGAAUCAAAACUUAAGGAAACAAUAGAGUCCCAGAUAUUAAUGUUGGAAGGCAAGGAGUCUGAGCUCAAGGAUUUUAGCUGGUUAACUAAUGGCCUUAACAGACUCUUCAGGUCGAGACGAGUACUCUCAUAUUCGUAUCCAUUUGCAUUUUACAUGUUUGGGGAGGAUCUCUUCGGCGACGAAAUGACUCCUGUGGAAAGGGAGAUGAAGCAAAACCUAUUUGAGGACCAACAGCAGCAGCUUGAAGAAAAUGUUGAGAAACUCUCCAAGGCUUUAGAGGAGAAGUAUGACGGGUUAGAAGAUGAUAAUCUCAAGCAGUCAAGGAUGCAACUUAUCAAUCUGUCAGUGAUCACUGAUAGACUCUGCAAGUCAAUGUAUGAAUGCAUCGAGAAUGAUUUACUGGGUUCGCUUAAAUUGGCAACCCACAAUAUUGCAGCAUACAAAUCAAAGGGCGUUGAGAGGGCAUCAGAACUUCUUGUGCGGGCCACCAAGGGGAAUAAUUCUAUUAGCUGUUUGCAGACCAGUUCCAGCAUAAGUGCAACCGGCUUAGAAACAAAUCACUCUUGGAUUCCCAACUUGCUAUAUGGUGUUGAGUUGGUAAAGAGUAAUGACUUGCUGCCGGUGUCACUGCAAUGAUUGCUGCCGGUGGUAAAGUCACUGGGUGAUAUAUCAGUGACCUGAGUUCGAAACUCGUCAGCACCAGGUUCUUUACUGAUCAGAAAAUCGUCAGCACCAAGUUCUAGCAUGAAGGAAAAAAAAGACUUGCUAAAAGCUUUUAAAAUUCUUGGUACUGCUAGAUAUAUGGGACACAAUAUAGGAUCAAUCAUACAGAGAUUUCUUUCUUCCUUCUGUCUAGCUUCUUUUUACCAAUGUUCAUUGGUAAACCAAGAUCCAGGUGAUUCGGAGCAAAAACAAACCAAAAGAGGAGCAGAGAGAAAUGUUGCAUCAUCUCAACUGAUAUUUUUUUAUUUUUUCACAUGUUUUUUUUCUCCUUCCCAACUUGAGACUGACCAAAAGAAUAAUGAUAAGGUUGCUAAAAAAAAAAAUAUGCA